GAGGAAGGAGAGAGGGGGACGGGAGAAGCAUGUUCUAGCAAGCUGAGAGACAAGGCCGUCAAAUUGCAUAGAGAGUGUGAGGACAAUCUACAUAGAAGGCACAACUCAAAGAAGACAUCUCAGAACUCAACUCUCCCACCAAAAGAACCUUCCUACAAGACCGUAGCAGGAUUUCCACCUCCUUAGUUGUGAUGCAGGUCUGAACUUUGUGUAAUUUUUUAUUUAUUUUUUGUUUUGUUUAGUUCCUCACGUUAUGUUUUGGUCAACCAGUUGCUGGAGAACAUCAGCUUGUCUUUGAACAUGGACUUGUCUUUAUGGAUGGGCACACUUUGAGAGUAUUUAGGUAAUGAUCUCAGAGCACUUGAACAAAGCCUUGAUAUAGAUUGGUCCAGGACGUGAGUGACCAUACGGAAAUCCUAAAGGUUUGAAAGAAGCUAACAAGAACCCUCUUUCAAAACCAAGAACAUGAAAGUACACUUGAUGCUUUUGUUGCUGGAUCUUCUUCAUGUGGCCAUGUCAAUGUCAACGUGCAAGGCGGUGGAUAUGGAAGAGGUGAGAAAAAGAAGAAUUGAAGCCAUUAGAGGACAAAUUCUUAGUAAAUUAAUGCUUACUGAACCUCCAGAUGUAGAGAGUGAGGAGAUGUCUGUCCCAGAGGAGAUCCUCUCUGCUUACAAUAGUACCAUGGAGGCAAUUAAAGAAAAAACUGAAAAAGAGAGGCCUGUUGUAGAGGGAUAUUACUCCGAACAAGUGAAGAAGAUUGAAAUGAUCAAACUAAAUGAGAAUGAAGAUGAAUCUCAAAGAAGUUACGAAAAUGAACAUGUCUUCCCAUUCAAUGCAUCUCUUGCAAGGGAGCUUGUGGAAAGCCCAGACCAGCUACACAACGCAGAACUGCGCAUAUUUCGGAAAGAAGAUCAAAAUAAGGAUCACCAAAAAGAGAUGAGGCUGGAGCUGUACAGGGUAGAAAGCAACACAUCCUCUCGAUUCCUGGACAGUAGGUUUGUCUUUCCUGGAAGGCAGGGAGAGUGGAUGUCAUUCGAUGUCACUGAUACAGUGAAAUGGUGGCUGACCCGACAAGCCAGCAGCGAGAACUUCACGUUAAAAGAGCCGUGUUCCUGUACUAGCCAGGAAAAUAGGAUACAGGUGCAAAUAGGGGGUUUUUCUGACACACGAGGCGACAUGCAAGUUCUCAGCAAUGAUGGGAAAUACAAUCCAUAUCUACUGAUCACAUACACCCCCAAGGGUCGGAUUGAGGAAGGACACAGCAGCCGCAGAAAGCGAGGAGUGGACGAGGAAUACUGUCGCACGAAUACGGGAAAAAACUGCUGUGUGAAGCCUCUCUACAUUAACUUCCGUAAGGACCUCGGAUGGAAGUGGAUUCAUGAACCAAAAAGCUAUGAAGCUAAUUAUUGCCUGGGGAACUGUCCCUUUAUCUGGAGCAUGGACAAGCAGUACAGUAGGGUCCUGUCCCUCUAUAACCAGAACAAUCCAGGAGCAUCCAUCUCCCCAUGCUGUGUGCCAGAUGUCUUGGAUCCCCUCCCUAUCAUCUACUACGUUGGUCGAACACCAAAAGUGGAGAAACUGUCAAACAUGGUGGUACGGUCUUGUCAAUGCAGCUGAGACUUAAUAUUAGAGGUCAUAGGUUAAGGAAACAACAUGGUACUGGACUCUCCCACAACAUACUUUAAUCAGAAUGACCUGUGGUCAACACUUGCCCUCACCCUUCUCUCCUCUACAUUUGAACCUGAAGUCUGAGGUCACCAGUGAGGUUCUUCCUGGAUGUCCAAAAUCAGUAAAGACUCUUCUUUUACACAGAGCUCUAUAUCAAUGGUUCCAGUACUCCAGUGAUAGUCCACCACCACCACCACCACCGUCAUCCCAUAUAUGAGAGAAAACAAUGAUCUGCCUCCCAACACUCAGCAGGACAUGCCAUGCUUGAAGAACAGACCCUCAUGCAUUUCAUGUGGUAUCAACCAGAAAGUAAAUUAGCACAAGAUGGUGGAUUGUACCACAACACAUAUAUUCAAUGCAGACUUUCAGCUUGGUGCUUUUCGAACCCAUCACAAUAACAUUUGCAGCUCAUCACCAGCCUUCACAUGUCGUGUGGUAUCUGGAAACAGGACCUCUCUAGCACUGCUGACCCUGUAGUUAUCAGUAGACGUCCCUUCUUCCCCUUCAUAUCUAUAUAUUUACACAUUUUUUUUCAUGAAAUAACAAUGCCAUAUUCAAUACUGUUGUAUACAUAGAGUGCUACAGGUACAGUAAGUCCUGCCUUAACCAGUAUACAAGACUUGACACCUGGGAUACAGAAGAAAGUAAGUCUAAUAUAGGAGCAGAUCUUUGGUCUUCUUCCACAGUAACCAUAAGCAGGGUUGACUGCUCAAUCCAAAAAUCUCUUGUUCCUUCUCAGGUAAUGGGAACCUCUCAAGUUGGGUUCAGUUAUGGUCCGUGGUGGCCCCAAUAUUUGCCUUUUUUCUCAUUUGCAAUCAUUUGGUAAUGUGGCAGCUCCAGGAGCCACUGGAUUGUUACAAGAUUAUUGGUGGUGUUAGCGUUCCCUGAACGCUUGGUUCCUCUGAGUGACUUAAAAAAAGAUGGCUACUUUGGCCUGUCCAUAACAUUAAGUCAAUCACAGGGCAUACUGCUGAGACCCCAAGUGAUAGGCCAACAUCUGUUCAUUUUUGGCUUUGUUUUCUUGCAACAACCCUGCAGGUGAAAUGCAGCCAUUGAAAUGAGUGGACUCUGUGUGCUUAGAUAUGCUUGUUCCUCCAGAGUAAGAAGCUCCUUAUAGCCAUUUUCCUGACUGGUUAAACCCCUUAUGGUGUGAGGCACAUCUUCAUCCUGAGAGGGCCCAAAGGUUCCCCUGCCACAGAACAAGACACUAGUAUUCUAAAUGGCAUAUGGUGGUAAGGGUCCCGUUACAGCCUUCUUAUUGGGGCCUAAGAGCUUUGAGUUAUCCCUCUGCCUUUCACUAGCUAUGGAGGACCAAUAAGCCUAAAAUACAAGGUGUCUCGCGGAACAGAACAGCUAAUCACAUUCACAAAUAUCCAAACAGAGGUUUCCUGAAGUGGAAGCGCCAGCAGACUUCCUGCCGUUGAAGAACACAGCAUGGGCCCAUUGAUAUUGUCAAAAACGUCUACACAGAACGCAGUGGAAAGCUGUUUGUAGCCCGUUAUAUUGUCUAUACGUGCCUCGGAUUGUAUUUUAUAUCAUGUGGUUAGGUGGUGAUAAAAGAGGGGGCGUGACUGAAAAUGGGCAACUUUUUUUUGGUCCAUCAUUCAUUUCAAUAAAUAAACUCUUGACAUGAAUUAUGGGCAUGAAUUCGAAACUACUGAUCUGAAGUGACUUCAUGCCCACUAUGGUGUGGGCAGGUCCUUAUAUGAGUCAGCUGGCCUUUAAAGAUGACCUAUCACCUCUCCUAUCAUGCCUGUAUUACUAAAUACUAUUAUACCCCAUGUAAUAAAGUUUCUGGAGCAUCUUUUCAUAUAGAUCCAUGUUGUUCCAUUCCUCUCAGGAGAGGUGACAGCUUCUCUUUAAAUUGAUAUUUCAGUGGUUGUUUCUUCCAAGAUUGAUUCUUUUGAUGCCCUUGGGAGCUGCUAUUAUAGAGAUACCACCCCCCCCCCCCCCUUUUUUAAACAGGGUUAAAUGAUAACAUAUAGUUUACAAUGAAUUUUUUUUUAACAAGUUGAGCAAGUUUAGAAAAAAGGGGUCUAUUUGUUUUCCAAAAACAGCGCCCCUCUUGUCCGUGGGUUGUGUCCGGUAUUGCAGCCCAGCCCCAUUCAGCACAAGGCAGCUUUUUUGGUGUUGCAGGCAUGGAUGGAGGGAUGGGGUAAACGGCAAUUAAAAUGGUAUCUACUCAGGGAAAAAUUAAGAAAAAAAAAUUAGGAACAAAUAAAACCGUUGAUUUUUAGUGGCGGAUGCAUUUCGGGGUGGAAUGUAAACACCCGGUAGAAGUCUGUAAACUUCAAUGGAUAAGAAGGCAAAUCAUUUCUAUGAUGAAUCAUUGUUGUCUUUUUUUAUGUGUUUUUAUAUAGUUUGUCUUUCUUAUUUAAAGAAAAUGUUCAAAAAGUUCAUAAAUAAAGAGGUACUUGGAAAUGAAGAAAUAUUCCAGCAGUUUCCUUGCUUCUCUUUACGGGGUGAUGGAAUACCCCUCUGUUAUCAGUAGGGAUCAUCCACCAAUCAGCAGAUUGAAAUGUGUAGAUAGACUGUUCAAUGAUUUAUGCAAGUGCUGAGCUUCCUAAGCAGUUGUAUCAGUGGUGACCAACAUGGUGGCAGUUCCACUCCUUGGACAGCAUCUUAAUUAUAUGGUAUGGUUUAUAUCAUGAAUCAUAUAAAAAUUAAAAUCACACAUCAUAUAGCACAUGUCAAUGUCUUUGUAACCAAGCUAGAACCAGCCCCGUACCUCACAUGGAUCAAGAGAUCUUCCCGUUCAUUGCUCUAAUUGUUCUACUACAUUUAUUUCCAGCUGGCAGCUCAGGG